AUGACUUUGAAAAAGUCCAAAGACCUAUCUCUUUGCCAUAUACCUAGUCCUUUUGUCAUGACUAAUAAUCGUCAUGCUUGUGUCGAUCAUCAACAAGAGUUCUUCCGAACUCGACUUUUCCAUUUUACUAAACACAAUAGUCUACAAGAUCAAGUUUUGCUUAAUUCCAAAACUUCCCAUGCUACACACCUCUACCAUAGAUGGAAUGAAGGCACUGAAAAACAAAUUUUUUCUCGACGCCUCGGCAUUGAAUACUCUAUGAAAUACCUGGCCGCCAGCAAUAAAAACAUCAUACGCUCUCGUCACCGUAACAUGUACCUUAAACGGUUAUAUAAUUUCAAAUUUAUACCCUCUCCUAACUCAAAGACUAAAAGGAAUCAACAGAAGCGUUUCGAUAGAAUUUGCAACAGAGUUUUUAAUACCCGUUAUGAUUCAGCAUGUAUUGGUUUCGAAGUGAAACUUAAAGCUGCUCGAAAAAAUCAUUUUCUUUUUCACAAAAGUCAAACUAUUCACAAAACCCUCUCACAUCUUACUUACUCACGGAAAUCAGCAAUUCCUGAUGCUGAUGCUUACCCAUUUUACAUUCCGUUUUACGAACCGAUUGGUGGACCUCCGGCCCCUAAAGAAGACCUCUUAUUAGACGAACCCAAGAUUGCGUUCUCCAGCGUAUUCCACGUUGAUGUUCCUAUAAAUGCACCCCAACUUAAAUUAAAUUCAUCAGAAAUCUCGAUGAAUGAUUUUAACUUCAACAACUCUACAGACAAUUUGACGUCAAACGAUACUAUUACUUUUUCACCACAUCCUGCGCACGAGAUGAUUGCGACAGUGGAAAAUUACAACCCGUUUGGAAAGUCCUUAGGUGAUCAAUUUACACCUUUCGUCCCUAGAUCUCCCAUCUACGAUGUAUACGGACGUUAUUUACCACCUGAUUCUGAUGGAUGGUUACGAGUUGUUAAAGACUCCUACGUAUCAAGACAACAACCCGACCAUGUGGCCGAGUUACUGGAAUUACAGUCUAAUAGGCGUACUAAACUCAAGCCUAAAGAAUUUCAACGUCGGCUAACUAAGGCCAAACGUGAUGCAACUUUACACCUUUAUCACGGCACUAGCACCAAACACCUUCAACGUCGUCUAGACACUACGACCCACCUUACCAAACUACAAACAGUGCAUGACCGGUUCAUGAACUAUGCAACCGGCAACUGUUCAAACAAUCGUUAUCAGCGUGAACAAAGACGUUACGUUACUUAUUUUGACUCCCUCCCAAAAAGAUACAUGCUCCCACACCUCGAGGACAUCGCUUAUAAUGACACUUCUGACGAUACCAAAAGCCUCGAAGUUCGUCCCAAGAAACGGGACACACUUACUAACAUCUACGAUCAUUAUCUUCACAGAGACCAAAUUAAACGUCUACGACUGGAUAUGGGUUACCCUAUUGACUCCCCUGUUUCUAGUUUGAACAAAUCUUAG